AUGGCCGUUUCAACAGCUAAGCAGGCUCUCUUUUGGCAAGCUUUCAUAGGCUCCGUGUUGUCCGCUGCAUGGCUUCAGUCGUUUCAUGGAUGCCAGAACCUCGACACAGUGGCGAUGAAUCUAGCCGAGAGCUUCGUGGACAGCGUGAAGUGGUACAUGUCAUCUUUAACAAGGUCGGUCAGCUUUAUCAAGUAUAUGCAGCGUGUCGCCUUGGACUACAGCCUGGACAAGGCCUACGACAUGGUCAUGUACGAGCGAGUGAUUGCGAAGACUCCUCCACCGGCCAAGCAGCAAAUACGGAAAGCAACCGACAGCAUGUUCAAGAAGAUCAACGUCAAAACGGUUACGAAGGGGCUCAAGGUGGCGCUCAAAGUGUUGGAAUUCAUUCCAGAAGCUGCACCGUUCGAAGAGGCCGCAGCAACGGCUGUUGACAUUGGUGGUGCUAUCGUGACUGCUGGCCUGGCCCUUUACAAAAUGACAUGCGAAAUGGUGACCAGUGUCGGAGGCUUAGACCCCACAGUCGAAGACGAGGAGGGCCUUCUCUACCAAAAAGCCGGCCCCGCCGAGAGGGUUGCGUACCAAAAGGACAACAUUAGGGCAUCUUGGUUCAUAUUUCAAGAUGAUUUGGUCGCAGGAAUCAAGACUCAGAUGCAGAAUGUGGUGGCUUCGGCUGCGAAGCGCGAUCUGAUGGCACAAGGUCUCGUCGACCUUGAGGGCUUGUUUGACCCCGACCCGGAACGUCAAAAGGGGCAAACUGCGGCCAUGGAUGCAAAGACCGGCUGGGCGCUGGAGGAGGGAAAGGUGACGCGCACGAAUUCUGUCGCAUUCCAGUUCGCCGACAACUAUGUCAGGUACCAUGCCUACACGGCAUUGUUGCCUGCAGCUUACCGAGUCUGUGUGGAGAAUGACUAUAUAUGCAAGCGGUCUCCAAUGAUGAGGCAGCGUAUCCACGACGACUCGUUCGAUUGCUGCAUGUCAAGAAAAGUGGAAAGCAUAAAAAACGCAUUCUCUCGCGGACCCUUUCAUCCGGUACAUUGCCAUAGUUGCACUCCAACAUCUUGCUUGAGAGAGCAAGCAUUGGCCGCUGGUGGUGGCUUGCUUUGGGAUGCGAACGAAACAUUUCAACAGAAGGAUAAUCCAUGCCCCAAGGAAUUUAAGGGUUAUCCUUGGCGCUUGAAUGGUGGAAGCUGCAGCUUGUACGUUUACAACAGACCGAAUCGUGGUCAUCCCAAGACAAAAAAACAAAAGACGGAAUUUUGCAAAAUCCUGGAGGACUGGUCGGUGAAGAGAUCUUCGGAGGUGCAACCCCGAUCUCUUUCGGGAUGGCUUUGUGGAUUCGAGUCUGAGGCGGACAUGGAGAAGAGUUUUCAGGCGAACGAGGCUCUUCAGUCCGACCUGGACAAGCUGGUCAGCUGGUUCACCGGCUCCGAGUUGAGCAAGACUGACGGGUACGCCACCUUCGGCGACAUGCUGAAAGAGCAGGUCGUUGGGCCAGUCCGCAAGCCUUUCGUGGUGGCAGGAGGCUUCAGCUUGGAGAUUCUUAGGCUGCCGAACGCUAAGUACGUUAACAGUCCGGCAGGCAGAUCCUACAUCUACUCUCAGAACGUACACACGCAAGGAUGCCAGCUGCAGAAGUCCUUCAACGCAUGCCAGAAACCACGCCGGUUCCAAGGUGGCGAACGUGACGGACACUGCGGGCAUGAGCUUAUGAUUGAUGAGGGCUGCUUCAAAGGCGAGGCUGAAGGCCCUCUCAUUCCUGUUCCGGCUUGUUCCAAAGCAUACUGCAAACAUACCUGCAACACCAAAAACCAUCCCUGCGAAAGCAACGGCCACGGUGUUGUGUCGGAAGACAAGAAGGACAAAAAACGCUGCGAUUGCUCUGGCUGCCAGGCGUGCCCCAAGUGUCAGCAAGUCGUCUUCGGCCCAAACGAACCCCCAAAAGAAGGCGUUUGCAAAGACCUCGAAAAAGGGCUGACAUGCCCGGAGUUGGUGACAAGCAAGAACUGGCUCAACCAAGAUACGGACAAGUACAUAUUCCAUGUGCACACGGAGUCAGAGCACGGGCAGACCCGGCGGGCUUGUGCCAUCAAGAAGAGUGGCCCUGGCGACGGUCCAGGUUGGAACAUUAACUUAGCUAUCUUGUGCUGUCCACGAACACUUUGA